AUGACUUGUUUGCUGCCCAAGAAGUCGAAGGUCCGCAUAACAACAAGAAAGCCAAAGAUACAAAUUUCUGGGAAGUUACUGUUAUCGAGAGUAAUUUUGUUUCCCAUACACUUGUUAGAGGACGGUGUGAGAAAAGUUUCUGAGCUGAGCGUGAAGGAGGCUAUAGCCCUCUCUUCCAAUACGAAGACAGUACUCCUGUUUAACAGUGAGCUGCAACCGAUUGGUCAGGCGGCAGGAUUACUGAGUGGUUUCAUAGGAAAUUUGGGUGUGGACUAUUCCCAGUUCCCCAUACACUUAGAAAGUUGGAAGCUGCGGGUCUUUUACUAUAAGGACGAUGCCGGAGGAAAAAUAAAGCGCGAUAUUUUGAAGAGGAUAGGAAAGAACUGGAAGGAUUCAAGGCACCACUUGUUUCAUAGGUGUUACAAACAAAUAAAGACUUAUGAGGAAAAUUUUCAGCAUCACCCGAAAGGAAUAGACAAAAAUGAUGGGAAAAAGUUCGUUGACUAUCGCCUGAAUGAAGAAACACAGGAGAGAGAGCAAGGAAGGCCCGUUGGUAGAGGAGAGUUGUUUAUCAUGACUCAUAAGAAAAAAGAUGGCUCGUAUAUCCACCCCGAUGCACGUGUUGUUAGUGAAGCAAUUGCGAAUGUUGAGAGGCAGGAUGGAUCCUCUAAUCACCUUUCACAGAAUGACUCGCUAGCACAAGUUCUCGGAAAGGAGCACCCAGGACGAGUUCGUGCCCUAGGUGCUGGACCAUGUCCCACCCAAGUCUUUGGUAACGCUGCUGGACAACCGUCGGGUUCUGCAGAGUCCAAUGCAAAGGAUAAGAGGAUGAUUGCAGAAUUGACAGCUAAGCUAGAAGAAGAGUAG